AUGGCGGUGGUCAAGGAGAAGAAGCCUUACUUUGGGCUAACAGGAGGAUGGCUCACCUUGUGGGUUACGGUCGCUUGUGCAACAGAUAUGUCUUUAUUUGGUUAUGACCAGGGUGUUUUCAGUGGUGUCGUGAUUACAAAAGACUUCCUUCAAAUUCACAAUCUUGAGGGGCCUACCAAGACAAAAACUUUGUCAACAGUGACAGCCAUUUAUGAUGUUGGAUGUUUCUUAGGUGCCAUCUUCGCAUUCACACUCGGCGAGCGCCUAGGUCGGAAGAAGUCAAUUCUAUGGGGAACCACUAUCAUGGCUAUUGGCACUGUUCUUCAGGCUUCAUCUUUCAGCCUGCCCCAUAUCUUUGUCGGUCGUGUGGUAUCUGGUAUUGGGAAUGGUAUUAAUACUGCUUGCGCGCCAAUUUGGCAGUCCGAGACCUCGCAGUCACGCUGGCGUGGCCGCUUGGUGACAUUUGAAAUGAUGAUGAACAUUGCUGGAUAUGCUACAGUCAAUUGGAUCAACUAUGGAUUGUCUUUCGUUGGAGGUGCCAUAGCUUGGCGACUCCCAAUCGCACUGCAGGCUGUCUUCCUGAUCGUUCUUUGGUCUACUGUUCCAUGGCUCCCAGAGUCCCCCAGAUGGCUUCUCAUGCAUGGCAAAGAAGAAGAAGCCGUCCAAGUCAUUAGUUGCCUUGAAGCCAAACCCAUUAAUGACCCCUUCGUCAUUUCGCAACGCAACGAGAUCGAAUACACAAUCCGCUAUGAGCAUGACAAUGCUGUCCGGUGGCGGGACCUUCUCAAGAAGAAUGAUAAUGACACUAAGACGCUGCGUCGCUUGCUGCUUGGAGCUGGUAGUCAGUUCAUGCAGCAGUUUGGUGGUAUCAACAUCAUGUCAUACUACCUUCCUACCGUCCUGGAGUCAGCAGUGGGUAUGGGGGAGAGUAUGGCCCGCCUGUUGACCGCAUGCAAUGCUAUCUCCUACAUGAUCUUUUCAGGUCUCGCUGUCCUUUUAGUUGAACGGAUGGGUCGUCGGGGUCUGAUGCUUCUUUCCACAUUUGGGCAAUUCAUUUGCUUUCUCAUCAUCACUAUUCUCUUGAGGUAUCAAGAGAAUACUACUGGCGAUGAGAGCAAGAAGUUUGGGUCAGCCUCUGUGGCAUUUUUCUUCUUGUUCCACGGCGCGUUCGGUAUUGGUAUGCUAGGAAUCCCUUGGCUAUAUCCCACCGAGAUCAACUCUCUACCGAUGAGAACAAAGGGUGCCGCCCUCGCGACCGCAACCGACUGGAUCACCAAUUUUGCGAUUGUCGAAAUCACCCCCAUUGGAAUUCAGAACAUCGGCUGGAAGUUCUGGAUCGUUUGGACAGUGACCAACGCUUGUUUCCUACCGAUUCUCUACUUCCUCUACCCAGAAACAGCCAACCGGAGUCUCGAGGAUAUCGAUGCCUAUUACCGUUCCAAUCCAUCCUUGAUUGUCACGAAAGAUCCCGAUGCCAUUUGCAGAGCUCGGCCUCAAAAGUACAUCGAGCAUGAGGAUGAGGAGGUUAGAAGGACUGCCAAGGACAAGGCGAUGGGUCAGCCUGUUGAGGCAGAGCAUGUGGAAUUUACAGGUGAGACGACGGAAUGA